AUGAGUGACCCUCCAAAGCCAACCAAGCGCAGCGUCGAGGCGUUCCAGACCGCUUUCGCCGCCGCCCUACCCGGCAUGCUCAAGGCAAUGUGGGCGCGCUGGACGGCGUACGUCCCGGACGAGAAGGCAAUCUACAUCAACAUCACCAUGCUGCCCGAGGUGUUCAUGGCCAGUGUAGUUUCCCCGGGCGGGGGCAAGCUGCCCGAGGCGGAGCAGAACCACCUCGACAUCUUCAAGCCGCUCGACACGCUCUCACAGUCCGGCACCUGCGGACACAACUGGCCCGCGCGUGUGCUGAUGCGCUACGAUGCGGACGGCAAGGUCGACGUCGACGUCACGUGGGACCGGCGCCAUGUCGGGCGCGAUCUGCAGGAGUGCCAAGCCCGCUUUACGGUAUGGAAGCACGCCGUGGUGCUGAAGACAGAGAAGGAGUGGCGCAGGCUCAUGUUCUUCCUUCCCGAACAUCGCUCGUACGCCGGUGAUGCGUACAUCGUGGAUGCCGACCUGCAAGCCCUUGGGAACGAUGCCUUCACCUGGUCGGAACACUUCAAGGUCGUCCUCGGCGUGUGUGAGCCCGAGCCGGCCGUGCUCACCGACGACAAGGCCAAGUGGUUCGAAGACGAGUUGUGCGAAGUGCUCCCCGACCUCGUCCACGAGAUAUUCGCCAGCUGGUCCGAAUACGUGCCGGACGCGACCGCCAUCAACAUGUACAUCACGCUGUAUGAGCGCAACCAGCUCCGGGUCACUGUGGUGCCAGGGAACGCCUCGGCACAGGACUACAGCUUCAGCAUCCAGCCCCUGGCGAAGCUGGCUGCAGGAGUACGCGGCGUGCACUUCCCCGCGCGCAUCGUGCUCAAGUACGACAAGCCGGCGGACACGGUCGACCUCGACCUCACCUGGCGCCCAGAGGAUACGGGGUGCGCCACGCGCGCCGAGGUCAGCGCCAAGAUGGAAGCGUGGUUCGACGCCGUGUGGGCCGCCCACUCGCGGCCUGGCAAUCCGGCGCGCAACGGCGACGUGACGCUCAGGCGUAAGAUUGCCGAGCUAUCGCCGUACUGGUUCGAAUGGUCCGAGGAGUUCCGGAGACGGCUCGGAAUCUGGGACGCCCCCGAGCCCACGCUCGCGAACGUGAAGGCCUUCGAGGCCGAGCUGGUCAAGAUGCUGCCCCCGCUCGUACGCGGGGUAUGGCAGAGCUGGAAGCAGCACGUGCCCGACGCGACCGCGAUAAGCAUCUAUCUCGCGCUGCUACCCCAUAACCUGGUGCCGUUCGUCGUCGCGCCGGCCGACGGGGGGCGACGCGUACCUCCCGCCAAGGCGCAGGAGUACACCGCCCACACGCGGGAGCUGGCCAAACUCGCCGACAACGUGCGCGGGUACCACUUUCCCGCGCUCAUCUUGCUCAAGUACUCGCCUGACAGGGUCGAUAUCGGCAUCACAUGGGACGGCGAGGGGCAAGGCGUUGACUUCGCCGAGGUGGUCCUGAAGAUGCAGGAAUGGUUCAAGGCGUCGUUGGAAUCCGAGGCCAAGGCGAGGUCGCUCGUCCACUCCCGGCGCGGGGUGGCGUCCGGUCACGGCGACUCGUUCCAACGGUCAGCCGAGUUCAAGGAACGGCUCGCGCCAAAGCCGUGGCCAAACGGGCCGUGGCAGCCGAGCGUGUCUACCGCCAAGGCGUUCGAGGCUGCGCUUGCUGCGGCGGUCCCCGACGUCGUCCGCAAGAUAUGGCGCGCGUGGGUUGCCGACGUGCCCGCGACGAGCGCGGUCAACAUCUUCUGCGGCUUCUUCGAGGGCUACAUGCAGCCCGAAGUGGCGCCAGGACAGGGCGGCGAGGUACCCACGGGCGAAGCGAUGAAGCUCGUCCGCAGCGAGAUCCAGGCGCUAUCGCGUCUCUCUCCGCCCAGCACGAAACGCGGCAUCGACUUUGCGGCGCGCGUGUACAUCCGCUACAGGCCUGAUGUGGUCGACAUCGACAUCACGUGGAACGAGGAUGGGAGCGACGGCUGGGGGCUCGACCCACGCCGUCAGGCCGAGUGGCGGGCCGCCGUCAUCAAAGACGGCGAGGACGCAGCCAUGCACGUCAUCCGCAAGGAGGGAGACGCGGCCGUCGUUGGUGCGCCGCUUGACGCGUUGUCGGCGGAGUCUUUCAAGUGGACAGACGAUUUCAAAGAGAAGCUCGGGUUGUAG